ACAAGAAAAGAGACAAUGAUGGUUCUGUCUUUCCUGUUUUGUCUGCUUUUUAGCCAGUGGCCUUUUGCUUUUUCUGCCAGAAACAUCUCUCUCCAGUGCAUCCAAGACACAGAUGAGUUCCUCUCAGACCUGAAUUCAGGGACACCCAAGGAAUAUGCGCUAAGAAUGUAUGAUUCAGCAGGGAAGCUAGGGAGCGCUGUUCUGAGUGGGAACACAGCAAGGUUGGGAGCCUACAGCGAGUGCCUCUCUGUGCUCAACCCCUCGGGGCGCUUCCGAGGGCAGUACUGCAAGCUGCACAUCUUGCAGGACGGAGCUGAGUACACCGUGGGUGUGUGCGUCCCUGACUCCUGUUCCGAAGAUGACGUGACUGUGAUUUCUCGGCUGGACACUUUGCAGUUCAGAAACGUUUCCUUCGUGGCUCCUUCCCUCUCUCUGUUUGCAACAAACUCUUCCUCCUCACCCCGGAGGAGUGUGGCCAGCUGUGCUGUGGGCAAGUUCCCCCUGGACAUGUUUGCAUCGAUGUGUCUGCUUGUCACUCUGCUGGGCUUUGCCCUGCCCCUGGCCAGCAGCGUCUACGUGGCAGCCAGGGCAUCUGCCAGCAGGGCCUCCCUCGAAGCUGGGACACCCCCGGCCAGCUAUGGGAGCCUGCCGCUGAGUGAGACCCGACCCAGCACCGGGAUCCCGGGCCUCCCACCGUCGGGAGGAGAAAGGUUCCUGGCCACCGUGGACCAAACUCUGACUUGCUGCUCCUGGCAAAGGAAUAUGGCGGCCGUCUGGACACCAGGGACACCGGGGGACACGUGCCUGGCGCUGCACGGCCUGCGGGCCCUGAGUCUGCUGUGGGUCAUCUCAGGACACACGGCCCAGAUGACGGCCUGGCUAUCUCUGGAUAAUGUGCUUGAGUGGAGAUGCACAGUACCCAGAAACCCCCUGUACCUCUACUCCCGGAGUGGCCCCUUCUACCUGGGCGUCGAUACGUUUUUCCUCAUCAGCGGCUGGCUAAGUGUGAGAUCAUUUUUAAAGCUGCAGCGUCCAGACAAAGGGACCACCUGCAGGGUCGUACUCAGAUACCUUCUCAGCCGCUUCGCUAGGCUGCAGCCCCUCCAUAUGUUCUCUGUGUGCCUGCUGGUGGCGCUGUUCUCCCUUGUUCCCUGGGGGCCCAUCUGGGAAGUGCCCAAGUUCCAUCUGGACAGCUGUCGCCAGUCCUGGUGGACCAACUUCCUGCUGCUGAACAACUUCCUGUCAGUCAGGAAGCCGUGCAGUGGCUGGACGUGGUACCUGGCCUGUGACUUUCAGUUCCACCUCACCACACCGGUCGUUGUCUUCAUCCACAGAAAAAGUAAGCAAGCCCUUGUUUUCUUCGGGGUCCUGCUGGUGGUGGCAUCCUUCACUGCCACCGCUCUGCUGACACUGGUUUAUCAUCUUCCGGUGGCAGAUCCCUCAGAAGCAAGCGACCAGGCGGCAGAGCACUAUUUCGUGGAGUAUUACACUAAACCCUACUGCAGACUCGGGCCGUUCCUCCUGGGGCUCUUUCUCAGCCUCUUCACACACCCACAGCACCAGGCAAACGUCCUUAGGACAAAGGGCCAGGUGGCGCUGGGCUGGGCCUGCUCCCUGUCUGCCCUGUCUGCAGUGGUGGCUCUGGCCUAUGCCGUGGACGACACCUCUGCCAGCGCCUCUUCCGCUACUGCUCUCUACCAGGCCCUGCACAGGACCCUAUGGGCGGCGGCUGUGGGCUGGGUGCUGCUGGCGUGCCAGCAAGGCUGUGGUGGUCCAGUGAACCGGCUGCUCUCCUGCCACAUCUGGAGCUUCCUGGCCAGCAUCAGCUAUGCCUGCUACUUGGUGCAUCCCAUCGUUAUCCUCCUCUACAACGGGCUUCAGGAAACACCCAUGCACUAUACCGACAGCACCAUGCUCUAUCUCUUCUUUGGACACUGUGUGCUGACUGUCGCUGGUGGGCUGGCCCUGACGCUGCUGGUUGAGAAGCCCUGGCAGGAGCUGAUGCGGUGCCUGCUGGGAGCACUGCUGGCGGAGCCCUGAGCUAUCUGGGGAGCACGGAGUGGGGAGUGGAGGUCUGGGCCAUCUUGAGGAGACCACCCUUUAAUCUGCCCGUGGGUACUUUUUUUUUUUAUUUUAGUAACAAUAGAAGCAAAAUAAAAAACUUCG